GGGCGCGCACAUAAACCGGGGUCGUCGAUAUAAGGUUCCGUGAAGCGGGCAAGCAGCGGUUGUAACAUGCAGUUGACUAAGCCAGUUAGCGCUUGGCUUAGCGUGGAGGACUUCGAGAAAGUUCACGAGCUUCCCCCGAAGCUGCGGCCACACUCUCCGCACCCUCACCCUUUCCUAGCUGCCGAAUUCACAAUCUGCGCGACUUAGUACACGUCCUACGCCAUGUCUGGCGAGAAGCGACCCGCCGCCGACUCGUUCGGCUCGACCCAGCUGGUCAAACGCGCGAAGUCGGAUGCGAAUCUCAACGGGGGCUCUGCGGUAGCGGUGGUGAACGGGUCAGCGCAACAUGGCGCACUCAUACAAGCGGUCCCCCGCACAAGCUAUCUCCAGUCUCCGGUUAUGGAAUUGACUGGACAUUCUGGGGAGGUAUUCGCAGCACGCUUCGACCCGACCGGCCAAUUCAUCGCUUCGGGGUCCAUGGACAGAUCCAUACUGCUUUGGCGCAGUUCUGGAGCCUGCGAAAACUACGGCAUCCUCACUGGUCACAAGCAAGCCGUCCUAGACGUACACUGGUCGAGAGACUCGAAGGUGCUAUUCUCAGCUUCCGCAGAUAUGCACCUGGCAAGCUGGGACGUGGAAACUGGAGAGAGGAUACGAAGGCAUCCUGGGCAUGAGGAAGUGAUAAACUGCAUGGAUGUCAGCAAGCGCGGCGAAGAGAUGCUCGUGAGCGGCUCUGAUGACGGAUACAUUGGGCUUUGGGAUACGCGGACGAAAGAUGCCAUUACUUUCAUUCCGACCGAAUUCCCUAUCACGUCAAUAGCCUUGUCGGAAGCUGGCAACGAGCUAUUCACUGGCGGCAUUGACAACGACAUCAAGGUCUGGGAUCUGAGGAAGAAGGCAGUCACCUAUGCGCUGCUUGGCCACACUGACACGGUCACCUCGCUGCAGCUCUCGCCCGAUAACACGACAUUACUGUCCAACGCGCACGAUUCCACCGUUCGCACGUGGGACGUCCGACCUUUCGCUCCAGCAGACAGACGGAUCCUCACGUACGACGGCGCACCGACAGGGCAAGAGCGGAACCUCCUCAAAGCAAGCUGGGACUCGAAGGGCGAGAGGAUUGCGGCGGGCAGUGGGGAUCAAAGUGUGGCAAUAUGGGAAGCGCGCACCGGGAAGCUGCUGCAUAAGCUCCCCGGCCAUAGGGGAGCAGUGAACGAUGUCCGCUUCCAUCCGCGAGGUGAACCGCUCCUGGUCUCCGCAUCGUCAGAUCGCACGCUCAUGGUGGGAGAGUUGGGAAAGUGAGUUCGUGAGGACAGUGCCAUUUGGCUCGGCAGCGAUUCCGUGGCUUUAGAACGAGUGCGCAAUCCGUGGCAGGAAACAAAAGCGCCACCGCCGGCGUCGAGAUGCCCCACACGUCCCAGGGGCUCUGUCUGCACACUGGACACGCCGGUGCGACAUGGAGUGCUGGGGAUCAAGGGUCCUGAGGUCAGCAGCGGUUUUCGAGGACGCGUCAAGGACGCGAACAUGUAUUUAUCUGCCGUACGACGACACGCUGCGCACGUUGUCCGACAAAACAACGAGAAAGAGAUUUGGCAUUGUCAAUCUGGACCUUCAUGCCCUUUUGUAGAA